UCGCGUGCACCCUCCGGCUUUGACCUACGUAAAAUAUUUUGUAAUUGUGCACUUACUUUAGAUAACAUAACUUUGACAUGGCUGAUUUUCAUUCUAGUUUUGAUAUGCCUUCUACAAGUUCAUCUGAAAACGCAGAGGCCGCUGAACUUCAACGAAUGAUCGCCGUGGAGCAGCAGAAAGCACAGUUCCAGGCACAGGUGCACAACUUCACAGACAUCUGCUGGGACAAGUGCAUGGAUAAGCCAAGUUCCAAGCUGGACUCGAGGACAGAGACGUGUCUCGUGAGCUGUGUGGAGCGUUUCAUUGACACGACCCUCACCAUCACAAACCGUUUUACGCAACUGGUACAGAAAGGCGCUCACUGAUUCAAGGACUCCGUGACCCUCAGCGUGGACUAUUACCUCAUAAUGCGGUUUAAGUUGCCAUCGUCCUCCUUUGUGACUGAAUCACAUAGAAUUUCACAUAUGACUUACAAUACGCUACGCUAGCUUGAUCAGUGCCCAAAUACUGUACAUGCUCAUUGGUUUCUUGUCAGCGCCGAGACUUAUCCAGUGUUUUGAUCCCUGUCUUGUUGUUAUUUUUAUGCUGUUGUUCUGUGAUUUUGUCUUGAUUUAAAAUUAUGAUCCACAAGUAAACCUUCACAAGUCACAA